AUGAAUGGAAGCCAGCCGCCUACGGCAGCGCCCGUCGCGCCCGUCGCCUCGAAUGGCCAACAGCCGUCGCAGCAACCGCAGCCACCGCAGCAGCAGAUGCCUGUUCGUCGCCGUCGCCCGCGUCCCCAGGCUGAUGUCCUGCGAAAGCCCCGGCGCCCGUUGCAGAACAUCACCAAGCCCAUGGUGUCUUUGUCGCAGAUGAAUGAGGCCAGGAAGCCCCCGCCAGGUCCGGCCGCUGAUGGCACUCAUUCCAAAGACGCGCUGCGCCAGGAGUAUCUCGAUCAAGGCGCCACCGUCUUUCCACUCAUCGUGAGCCGCAAGGAUCUGAAAGAGUUGCGACACCACGUUAUGCGCCUGCAGAGCAAGAGCCAUGUUGAUAUUACGGAUGAGAAGCAGUUCACUCCGCCCAUCAAGCUCCACCGUCGAGAUCCCCGCGCGCCUCCCAGUGGUAUCGGAUCACACUACGAAGAGGAGGAUACAAAGGAGGAUUUGGAGGAGAUAAAGGAGCGCGAGCGCAUUGAGCAGCAGAAGGAAGAGCGACGCAAAGUACGCGAGGAGAAUCAGGCCAAGAUCGCGCCUACUGGCAUGAAGAAACCUCCUGCCUUCCACAAGAAGACGGAGCAGAAGUACCGACCUGACGACACCCCAGAAGCAAAGAAGCGGCAGCUGCUACGCUACGAAGAGACAUUGCCCUGGCAUUUGGAGGAUUACGAGAACAAGCAGACAUGGGUAGGUACCUACGAAUCGGAGCUGUCAGAGACACACGUUAUGCUCUCAGCCACACGUCCUGGUGACCCAAAUACGGCCAUACAAAUGGCGCCUAUGGAGCGCUGGUACAGAUUCAAUGUCAAGGGCAAGAUUAAGCCGACUAGCGAUGAUGUGGACAAAAUCUUGGCCAAGGUCGAGAGUGGCGGACCCAGAUUUUUUGCAGAGCUUGAGAGACGUCAAGCGCAGCGUAUGAAGGCUGAAGAUGAGGCAAGGAUGUUCAGCGGAGUGCGCACGCGUGUGGGCGGUGGUGCUGAUGAUGAGGGCCGGAUCAAGCGGGAGCGUUUUGACGAUGAUACAAUUGGCUUUGUCAAACGGGAAGCUGAUGCCGAUGAUAUUGACUUCAACCUUGAAGAAGACUUUGCAGACGAUGAAGAAGGACUCAAUGGUCUCUUUGAGGGUGAAGAGCAAGAUGUCAAGGAAGCAGCAGAGAAGCUAAAGCGUGACCAGCUGCAAGCAGCCCUUUGGGAUCGUCCUGACGAGCAACUGAUAGCGCAAAAGGAGGAAGAAGAGCGCAGGGCUGCUGAGGAGACGAGAGCCAUGGAGAAGAUUACGCGCAAGACGUUAGCCAAGCGCGAGAAACAAUAUGACUAUCUCGACAGCGACCCUGAAAAUCCAUACCUUACCGAGAGCGAGUCGGAUACAGAUUCUGAGACGGAGCGACAACAAGCAAAGGAAGAGGCAGAGAAGAAGGCAGCUGAGCAGAACGGCAAAGCCCCAGAAGCUGGCAAUGUCCCGUCUGGCGCAUCCACCAAGGGCUCCAACACUCCCUCAGGCAAUCACAAGCCCGGGGAAUCUAAGAGCAAAAAGCGACCUGGUUCUCCCAAUCUUUCCGAAGCUAGUGGCAAUGAAUCGUCGCGUAAGAAGCACAAGAAGAAGCACCACGAAAAGCUGGCUGACGGAUCUCGGAAAUCCACUCUUGGCAAUCUCAAGGGCGCAGGCUCUGGUAGUGAUAGCGAGAUGACCGAUGCCGGCAAGAAGCGGAAGAAGGAGAAGAAGGAAAAGAACCGCAUCAUGCUCGGUGGAUCGCCCGCCGGUACUCCUGGUGCUAGUCGCGCAGGCAGCCCCGCCGCAAACGGUAGCCGCGCAGGUAGUCCCUCUACUGGCCCAUCCAAACCCUCUCUGCCUUCCGCAAAGGAGAUCUACGAAUCACUCCCACCUCAAGGCAUGAACAUCCAGAAUCUCAUCCUCAAGUUCAAGGGCCGCGUCGAUAAGAGCAAUACGCAAGUUUUCAUCAAACUCGUCAAGGCGGUUUCCCGCUUCGAUAAGGCGAAGAGCUGGCUCACGCCCCUAGAGAAGCUGCCGUCUGACGAACACAUCAAUGCGUUUAUGAACGCGGCGAAUGCGCCCAAGCCCGCGUAG